AUGUCGACGACCCACAAUCCAUACUCAAUACCCGCCUCGGCGUCCGGGUCGACGACACCGCCGUACCCGCCUUCGUCGUCUUCGUCGUCUGCCGUGCCUCCGCCGUCGAUCGAUGCAACGGGAGUGAAUGGCGUCGUGCGCGGCGCGAAACCGGACAGCAACGUGAUGUUCUGCGUCGUAUGCGCCUCGAACCAGAACCGCUCCAUGGCAGCGCACUCUUUACUCGCCAAAUCCGGGUUCAACGUGACCUCUGCCGGCACGGGGUCAGCGGUACGCCUACCGGGCCCCAAGAUCAACCUGCCCAACAUCUACCCCUUCGGAACGGCGUAUACAGACAUCAUUGAAGAUCUGAACAGCAAGGAUCCGCGUCUGUACUGGGCCAACGGCUUGAUGACCAUGCUGAACCGGAACAAGGACGUGAAGCGUGCGCCGGAGCGGUGGCAGGAGACCAAGUAUGCGGCGGACAUCGUGAUCACGUGCGAGGAGAGGUGCUUUGAUGCCGUGUGCGAGGAUCUAUUCAACCGGGGCGGCGAGCUGAACCGACCGGUGCAUGUGAUCAAUGUCGAGAUCAAGGACAAUCACGAAGAGGCCAUCGCUGCGGGCAAGGCGAUCUUGGACCUGGCAAAUGCGAUCGCCGCAUCACAAGACAUCGACGCCGAAAUGGACGCCCUCCUGGAACGACAUCAGCAAACGCAUCCGCAUGCCCUCUUGCACACGGUUGCGUAUUACUAG